ACAGUGGGUUAAAACCACCGAAGCCAUUUUAUUAUUAUAACAGCGAAGGUGCAGGUGCAUCAAUAUAUAUAUAUAUUUUUUAUAGUUACAGUUUUAAUUUCAGAGCUCACGAUACCAUGGGGCAGUGUGGAAUUACGUCAUCCAAAACCGUCUUGGUUUUUCUCAAUCUCAUAUUUUGGGCUGCAGCUGGAAUUUUAUGCUACAUUGGAGCCUAUGUGUUUAUCACAUAUGACGACUAUGACCACUUCUUCGAAGAUGUGUACACCUUGAUUCCUGCCAUCAUAAUAAUAGCUGUCGGCACUCUUCUCUUCAUCAUCGGCUUAAUUGGCUGCUGUGCAACAAUACGCGAAAGCUCCUGUGGUCUGGCAACUUUUGCUGCUAUUCUCCUGCUGGUGUUUCUGACAGAGUGUGUGGUGGUGGUGCUUGGCUACAUUUACAGGGCAAAGGUAGAAGAUGAAGUGAAUCACUCCAUCCAGAAAGUUUACAACGAGUACAACGGCACCAACACUGAUGCUCCCAGCCGCGCUAUUGACUAUGUGCAGAGGCAGCUUCACUGCUGCGGCAUUCACAACUACUCUGACUGGAGGAACAUGCGCUGGUUUAAAGAAUCCAAGAACAACAGUGUCCCAGUCAGCUGCUGUCAGCCCAGCAUCAUUAACUGCACCGGCACUCUCACUCGACCAGCAGAUCUCUACCAAGAGGGUUGUGAAGCUCUAGUUGUGAAGAAGUUAAAGGAGAUCAUGAUGUAUGUCAUAUGGGCUGCACUCACUUUUGCAUCUAUACAGCUCAGCAUGGUCGCUGCUGAACAGGAAACCCCUGCUCCCAAAGCAGUGACAAAGACAGCAUGAUGCUGGGCAUGCUCUGUGCCUGCGUGGUGCUGUGCAGGAGGAGUCAUGACCCAGCGUAUGAGCUGCUGGUCACAACCAACAGCUAUGCAUGAAGGAUGCAGCCAGUCAACAAAGCACUCAGAAAAUCAAGAGGAGCAUCACCGGACAUGUCCACAGUAGAUUUCAGCUGUAGUUAAAUAAGCUCAAGCACACCUUGCACAAUUCAUGAUAAAGUAGCGAACACUGAUGAUGUGGUUUGUGUGGGCAGGGGCUUCAAGGGGAAACCAGUUAUUUAUUGACAUGCUUUGUAAGUUACUGUUACUUUCACAAAUGACCUAUUUACAGAAGCCAAAGUUGUAUAUGGCUAAUUGACAUUAUUGAUGUUGAUGAAGAUUUUUUUUUCCUUACAAUUUGGGCUCAUCCCCAGUGAGAAUGAUGAGAAGCAAUUUGGAGCAUAUGUCUGAAAUUAUGGUUGGGAGUGUUGUAUGGAAUGUAUUUCCUUGUGUGCUAGUUUGCACUACGGUUGGAGCUCUGGAGAUAUUUCAUGGUUGUUUAAAUGGAAAAUCUAUGCUAAAAAGAACAUGUACUCCUAAGAACUUGAUUUGACCAUAUUUUGUGAAAAUGGAAAAACUUUUUAUCAUAGAAAGAACAGAUUCAAUGUUUUUAUCUGUCUUUAAAUGUUUGUUUGUGGAGCAGCACUGCGUUUUGUCUCUAAAAGCCAUGUUUGGUAGAAAGAGUUCUUCAUAUUCACAAAUAUUCAGGUUGUGAAUAAUGUACAUUCUGUUUUGGUGCAGAUGUUCUUUGAAUCAGGCUUCAAUAGUGAGGCAUUGCCAAUAUAUAAAUUGCGUAUUAACCUUUUAGUCUCUCUCUUAGUAGGAGUAUUAUCAGUGUUACCUGAAGACCUGUGUAUGUGUAGAUUCACUUUGUUACAGUCAGAGAAUUCAUUAUGUUUAGUUUGUUAAUUUUAAACCUGCUAGAAAGAACCAUGACACAUUAUUUUAUACAUUUUUGUGAAAAUGUGCGCUGUUUUAAUAUUUUUGAGCUGUUAAGUUGACCCUUAAAUAUUUAGCUAGUGCCACAGAAAAUAUACGACAACACAGUCUAAACACAAAAUUGUGUUUAGAGUCUAAACAGUCUAAACACAAAAUUGUGUUUAGACUGGGGAACAGGCAGGACAUAAAUAAACUCAUACAUUUCAA